GCAGGAAGGGGGGGGCAGGAUUGUCCCGGUAAAUAGAACCGGGGGACGCGAUGAAGCUGUACUGCCUGUCAGGACAUCCCACCUUGCCAUGCAACGUGCUCAAGUUCAAAUCCACCACCAUCAUGCUGGACUGUGGGCUGGACAUGACGUCCACCCUCAACUUCCUGCCGUUGCCUCUGGUCCAGAGCCCCAGGCUGUCCAAACUUCCUGGUUGGGUUUUGAAAGAUGGAAGCACUUUUCUGGACAAGGAGCUCAAGGAGUGCUCUGGCCACGUGUUUGUGGACUCGGUGCCUGAGUUCUGCUUGCCAGAGACUGAACUGCUUGACCUCUCCACAGUGGAUGUGAUCUUGAUCUCCAACUAUCACUGCAUGAUGGCACUGCCCUACAUCACAGAGUACACAGGGUUCACUGGCACAGUCUAUGCCACCGAGCCCACUGUUCAAAUUGGCAGACUCCUCAUGGAAGAACUGGUGAACUCCAUUGAACGCGUGCCAAAGGCUCAGUCUGCCUCCAUGUGGAAGAACAAGGAGGUGCAGAGGUUGCUGCCGGCGCCGCUGAAGGACGCGGUGGAGGUGUCCAUGUGGAGGAAGUGCUACACCAUGCCAGAAGUGAAUGCAGCCCUCAGUAAGAUCCAGCUCGUGGGGUAUUCCCAGAAAAUUGAGCUGUUUGGUGCUGUGCAGGUCACCCCCCUGAGCUCGGGCUACGCUCUGGGAAGUUCCAACUGGAUCAUCCAGUCGCACUAUGAGAAGGUUUCCUACGUUUCAGGAUCUUCUCUACUUACAACACACCCUCAGCCCAUGGACCAGGCUUCUCUUAAAAACAGUGAUGUUCUCAUCCUGACGGGUCUGACCCAAAUCCCCACCGCCAACCCCGAUGGAAUGGUGGGAGAGUUCUGCAGCAACUUGGCGAUGACUGUCCGGAACGGAGGGAACGUGCUGGUUCCCUGUUAUCCCUCUGGAGUGAUCUACGACCUGCUGGAGUGCCUGUACCAGUACAUUGACUCUGCAGGGCUCUCCAAUGUCCCUUUUUAUUUCAUCUCACCUGUUGCCAACAGCUCCCUGGAGUUCUCCCAGAUCUUUGCCGAGUGGUUGUGUCAUAACAAACAAACAAAGGUGUAUCUUCCAGAACCUCCUUUUCCCCAUGCUGAGCUCAUUCAGACAAACAAAUUGAAGCAUUAUCCCAGCAUCCAUGGGGACUUUAGCAAUGACUUCAAGCAGCCCUGUGUUGUGUUCACUGGGCAUCCCUCUCUGAGGUUUGGGGACGUGGUGCAUUUCAUGGAGUUGUGGGGAAAAUCCAGCUUGAACACUGUCAUCUUCACAGAGCCUGAUUUCUCUUACCUGGAUGCUCUGGCUCCGUAUCAGCCCUUGGCAAUGAAAUGUGUUUACUGUCCCAUUGACACAAGGCUCAAUUUUAUUCAGGUGUCUAAAUUACUCAAAGAAGUCCAGGACACGGCUCCUCCUGUUUUGCAGCCCCUGCACGUGGUGUGCCCGGAGCAGUACACGCAGCCCCCGCCCACCCAGUCGCACCGCACGGACCUGAUGGUGGACUGCCAGCCCCCGGCCAUGUCCUACCGCCGCGCCGAGGUGCUCACCCUGCCCUACAAGCGCCGCUACGAGAAGAUCGAGAUCAUGCCAGACCUUGCAGAUUCCCUCGUGCCCUUGGAGAUCAAGCCUGGCAUUUCCUUGGCAACAGUCUCUGCUGUGCUGCACACCAAGGACAACAAGCACGUGCUGCAGCUCCCUCCAAAGCCUCCCCAACCUCCUGCCAGCAAGAAGAGGAAGCGAGUGAGUGAUGAUGUGCCGGAGUGUAAAGCUCUGAAGUCGUUGCUGAGCGGCUCCAUUCCUGUGGACCAGUUUGUGCAGACUCUGGAAAAGCACGGGUUCAGCGACGUGAAGGUGGAGGACACGGCCAAGGGCCACAUUGUCCUGCUGCAGGAGGCCGAGACCCUCAUCCAGCUCGAGGAGGACUCCACACACAUCAUCUGUGACAAUGAUGAGCCUCUGAGGGUCAAACUGAGAGACCUGGUCCUCAAAUUCCUGCAGAAGUUUUAGCUCCUGGACAUCCCACUGCUCCUGCAAGGAGAGAGCCCAGAGCGGGGAGACUCAGAGCUCUCUGGUGAGAGAUUGGAUUUGGGGAUUCAAAGAGAACAAGAAACCACCUUCCCCUUCAUGGAGAAGCAAGGAAGUAUUUUUAAUAUUUGCCUAUUUUUUAAAUCUUAUUUUCAAGCUGUUUUGGAAUACUUUGGAGGAGAUCCCUGUUGUGUAAAAUUGGGAGUUGGAAUAUUCCAGGAGCCACGAACUGCAGAGUGAAUUAACUCCAGUGCGUGUGAACAGCACCAGGGUAAACUGCUGCUCCUCUGUGUGACCCUCAGCAGUGUCUGCCCCCGUCCUUCCCCUGACAAAACUCUGUAGGAAUAUGGAAACAAUGGCCUGAGAGAUUUGUUUUUCCUCCCACUGUUUCUUCCCAGUCACCAGAUCCAGUUUUUCCUGUCCUCCAUCCACAUUGGACACGUGUACUGCACUGGCACGAGGAGGAUCAGAAAGCUGGUGAGGCAAAGAUUGUAGAAAUAAAAGCAGAAAAGGGGGGUCUGAUGGACAUGUGGAAUAUGGGAAGGGCCUGGCCAUUCCCUGCACAAGCAGAGGGAUGUUGGAAAAGCUUUAUCCUUUAGGAAUUCCAGGUGUUUGUUGAUGCUGCAGCUUCACCUCUUAUAACCACAUCUGUCCACGGAGCUCCAAGCUCUUCACUGAGCCAAACUAAAGCUGGUUCCUGCUGGUUUCCUCCAUCAUCAGGGGAGGAAAUACCUCAGGAAGACACUUAGGGGAGUCCAUAAAGUGGUUACAUUCCUAGUGCUCAUAAAAAACCUUGGAGAUUUAAGUGCCUCUUGUUUCUACCUUCCAAAAAACUGUCCUUCCAGCCCCCACAUCCCAAAUCCUGGGUGGAACACUGAGUCAUUCACACAAAGCCACCUGUACUGCAGACCUGGGGAGGGUUUUCCCUCCCCAAAUCACAUAUUUUGGGGGCCUAAACUUAGUCAAUAGUUUUGCUUUCACAGGCGACCGAUUUCUGGGAUUUACGGCUGUUUGGUUUUUAUUGGGUUGUUUUGUAUUUAUUUGGUGUCAAAAAAAUAAAAAGCAUUAGUGAGACUGCCAAGGGGGAAGCACAUCCCAGGGUUUGUAAAAGCAUCUCCAUGCCCAUUCCACAUCCACUGUGUCCUGUGAAACACAACUGCUCCUUCAGUCGAUGGCUUUGGGGUGGUUGGGGCAGGGCAAGAACAGCCCUGCAAUAAAACCCUUUUGCCACUGGAAUUCCCACAUCCCAUUAAGGAUUUCUGGUGGACUGGAUGCACAGAUCCCAGCAUCCACACCUUCACUUUGUGUGUGAGAAACAGGAUCAUGAAUGGGAUAAAACACUUGUUGCAGUAACAUGAAUCCUCCUGAGGGUUUUGCAGCAUUUGCAGCAGCUCAGCUUCUUCACUGUCACUUAAAGAUGGAAUAAAAGAAUUGGGAAUAUUU